AUGUCGCAGGGGAUAGCCUCGGAAACCUCGUUGGUCAGUCGAGGUAAAACAGACUCUAUGGGAAGUUGCGGUGCUGGGCAACCCAUAGUAGAGCCUCAGCAACCUCGGGUAAGUGGUGGAAAUGGCAGCGCCACCCCCGGUACAGCUACUGCUGGGAAAGGGAUGAACCAGAUGACGGUGGGGAGCCCCCGGUAUCUGGUCAUCAAGAGAAAAGAUGGUACUGACUUCUCAGGAGUCAGUCCAUUCAAAAUUGAAAAAAUAUUAUAUGGUUUAACUGGCGAAGUUAAUAGUGUUAGGAAAAUGAAUGUGGGACUUCUAAUAGAGACUAUUUCCAAAAACCAAUCGUUAUUGUUAUCGAAAAUUGAGAAAUUUGGAGAAUUCGAUGUUGAAGUUACUCCACACACCCAGUUGAAUCAAAGUAAAGGUGUUAUAUACUGCCGCGAUCUACUCAACUGUACAAUAGAAGAAAUCAAAGAAGGCCUGGAAAAUCAAGGAGUUAUUGAUAUCAGAAGACUCAAAACGAAAAAGAACGGAAUAUUAGUUGAUACUCCCGGACAUAUUCUGACUUUCAAUUCACCUAAUCUUCCGAAGAAAAUAGACAUUGCUAUAUAUAAAAGAGUCGAAGUACGUACAUAUAUCCCUUCACCUAUGAAGUGCUUCAGAUGUCAAAAGUUUGGCCAUGUAGCUUCGAAAUGUACAAACAUCGAAAUUUGUAUAUGUGGUAAACCGAAACACCCUGAAAUAAUAGUUUGA